AUGGCGGCGGAGGCAGACCACAAACACCCACGUCAGAACGGCGGCUUGAACGGCGGCGGCGGCGGCGGCGGCGGCGGCGCAAACAGCAAGCACCCUUCCCUGUCGCACGUCCUCCCACCACCACCCCCGGAGCCCACGCGGGCCGCGCUCUUCGACGACGAGUAUGACAUACUGAGCGGCGCGCCCAGGCCGGCGCGAGACGACGACGGCGCCAGCGGCGCGUCGUCCUCGCCGCCCGUGACGUCGCCCGUCAUGCAGCCGCCGUACUGGACCCAGUCGCACAGCCGCACCGUCUCCAACCUGUCGACCGACAGCGUGCUGCCCGUCGGGGCCAUCACGCUCCAGGACAACGAGGACGAGAGCGGCCACGCGCGGGACGGCGGGCUGGGCCGGGACAGGAACAGGGCCUGCUGGGCGAAGAGCGUCGAGGUCACAGACUACGUCGUCGUCAACGGCAGCGCCACCAACAUUGGCGCGUUUGUCGUCUGGAACAUCAGGGUUGAGACGUUGACGGGCUCGUACAUCAACAUAAGAAAGCGGUACUCUGAGUUCGACGAGCUCAGGUACGAGUUGGUGCAGACUUUCCCCGGCUUCGAGGCGGCAGUCCCAACGCUCCCUCCGAAGAGUGUUAUAUCAAAGUUCCGGCCAAAGUUUCUUGAGAAGAGGAGAGCUGGCCUGCAAUACUUUCUAAAGUGA